GCAUCGUCCACGACAUCCGUGCAAGAGCUACGACGCCUCCUUGGUGGCGUAGGCUUGUAAUUGCCCAGCCUUUCGCACUACACGUUUGUGGCUUCCGUGGAUAUAGCAACCAAUGCUUUUAGAUCCCAGUCGCCUAGCUUUGCCAAGACGGUUAGAGGUCAUUUGGAAAGUCUUUUGCCUCGAAUUGUUCUCAUUCAGAAGGCCCGCUGGUUCCUCCUGUGGGGCUUUGGAGAUUCGCGCCCUCCUCUGGUGCCGGUUCAGGUGCACAAGAAGAGCUAGGGGAGGACGCAGGUGCUCAAAAGAGGUGGGGCGGUGAAGGCACCCCGGUGGUGAACCCAAAGAUCAAACCUGCAGACCCAGCUCAAAGUAGAAACUGAAAGUACACUGCCGGCUGAUCCUACGGAAGUUAUGGGAAAGGCAAAGCGCAGAGCCCGGCCGUGGUGUGUGCCGCCCCCCUUGGGAUGGAUGAAGCAGCAGGCGCGGCGUGGGUGAGAGGAACCAGCGGCAGAGGCCGCCCUAACGCGCACCGACUCCCGGCAACUCCGCGGAAGACCAGGCUCCUGGCAGCGACUAUGGGCGGUGAGAGCUUGCUCCUGCUGCAGUUGCGGUCAUCAUGACCACGCCCGCCUCCCGCAGACCAUGUUCCAUGUUUCUUUUAGGUAUAUCUUUGGAAUUCCUCCCCUGAUCCUUGUUCUGUUGCCAGUAGCAUCGUCCGAUUGUGACAUUGAAGGUAAAGAGGGCAGAGAGUAUCAGCACGUCCUAAUGAUCAGCAUCAACGACUUGGACACCAUGAUAAAAAAUCGUACCAAUUGCCCGAACAAUGAACCUAAAGUUUUAAAAAAACAUGCAUGUGAUGAUAAUAAGGAAGGUAUAUUUUUAUAUCGUGCUGCUCACAAGUUGAAGCAGUUUGUGAAAGUGAAUGACAGUGAGGAUUUCAAUCUCCACUUAUUAAGAGUUUCACAGGGCACAUUACAAUUGUUGAACUGUACCCCCAAGGAAGACAAUAAAUCUGUAAAGGAACAGAGAAAACAGAAGAGCUUGUGUUCCCUAGGGAUACUACUACAAAAGAUAAAAACUUGUUGGAAUAAAAUUUUGAGGGGCUCUAAAGAACAUUGAAAAAUAUGGAGUGGCAAUAUAAAGACAUAUGAACUUCACUUGUAUCCUUCAAGAAUAUAUCUGCUCAUAUGGCGGGGGGGUAGAGUACCCUAGAAGUUACAGAAUGCAUCCUGGUAAAAGCGGAUUAGAGCAAUUGAGAAAUUCAUACCAUAGUACUAGAAGAUGGAUGUAAACAGUGCAAACCAAAUGCUGCAAUCGACAAACCUUCAUAUGUUUUUGGACAUAUAUCUAUCAGUAUUAAUUCUGUGAUUUUUUUGCAAGACAAUCCAAGUAAGGUAUUAAAGGCAAUAAUACUUUUUAAAACUGUUUUAAAAUUUCAGAAGAAGACAUGUAAAAUCUGUGAAGUAUAUAAAGGUUGCAGGAAUUAAAAAUUAACAUUGCUUUAUUAUCCAAAUAAUUUUAUGCACCAGCAUGCUACAAGGAGAGUGGAAAUUGUUGUCUUCUGUGCUGGAAAUGUUUCAGAGUUAACAAAUGUGGGUAAUGCCAAAGAGAGUAAGGGUUAAAGAAGCAGUAUGAAGGAGUCCAAGAUACUUCAGUGAGAUUAAGACGUGUAAUUAAACUUGAAUGCAUAAGACAGUGCCUUCAUUAAUGGUAUAGCAAAUGUUUUAAGAUGACCAUAAAGAAUGAUUUCACAAAAUAGAAAGUCACCUGUUCUAAGGAUGCCAAACCAUAAUACUGAGUUACUUUUGUCAUUUAUGUGUAAUAAAGUUUUUCUAAAUGAG